AUGAUUGCACCAAGGGCCUUCAGUAUUGUUUGGGGAAAUGAUCAAAGAUACUGGCAAUGGAUCUCUCUUCCUAAUACUAGGUUCACACAAGUAGCUGAGUUCAUCAUGGUGUGGUGGUUUGACAUCACUGGAAGGAUCAACAUAGAGGCUUCCCUUGUCAUGGAUGGCACCGAGACCGAUGAUGUCCAUCCUUCCAUGGUGAGUCUCAUGCAAAACCCCGGUGGCGAAGAAAGUCGGGACAGUUCUUCAAAAGGAGAGGAGAUAUGGGUGAAACAAAGAUGGUUCUCAAGGAGACUAAGAGGCUAUAUGGGAAGAGAGGCCUUGUUCUUCAUGGAAUCGAGAUUUGGCCAAUGCCUUAAAAGUCCUUUUGCAAUUUAA